UACCUUUGAGCUUCGAGCACGAAAAAUGGCGACUCAACGGUCACUCUCUCCCCUGCACACUCCUCUCUUUCUCUCUCUCUCCGCUCCCAAAUCUCUCCUUUUCUCUCUCCCAAAACUACCCUUCCCUUCUCUCAAAUCUUCGGCCCAUACUCUCAGUCUCACUCGCGCGUCUCCCAACGCACAGAACGACGCCGUUCUCGAAAUCCUCUCCAGUUUCGACGGCUCCGAUAACAAAGCGCUUCCCGCGGUGAGAACUUACGAGAACGAGUUGACUCGGUUGAGUCUCGUUGGCGCCGUUGAUUUCGAUCAGGCGGUUGUGGCGGCUGCUGCUGAUGGCGGCGAAGCUGCGGAGGAGCAUGUUGUGAGUGGAUCGAAUGCGAUGGUUGUGGAGACGGUGUUUCCUGGCGGCGGUGAUGAAAAGGGUACCGUUUCGACUCGACUGUUUUUGCCUGCAAGCAAAGUUAAGGAAAAAUCCAAAAAGCUCAAAAGGAUAUUAAUUGAUGAUAUUUUGUCGAGUACUUCAUCUCGAAACAUACUUGCCAUGACAUUUAGGCAAGUUGUUGUAGAACAACUUUGGAAUUGGGAAAUGGUAAUAUUCAGACCUGGAACGCAAAGAAAUAUGGACGAUCUCAUGAAACCAAGAGAGCAGGUCCCUGCAUCUUUCACACUAAGCUCGUCAGAUGAAUUAUCAAUUUCUGUCCUUGCGGAAGUUGUUUGCCUAGCUGUGCUUGAUAGUACUGAAAGACAUUUCUGUGAUAAAUCCCUGGGGAGAGGGUAUGCUAGUUUCUUCAAUCUCUUUCGAAAGACUGAAAGGAUAUCGUCAAAAGAUAGGUCUGUCAGUAUUCAGGUGUUGGUGGAAGAUGAGCUGGUAAGGAAUGCUAAAAUUCUGUUAGAAAAAUUCAACUUUGAAAAGACAAACAACAAGCUCAUGGGUGUGAAUCCAAAUUAUAAUUGGUGGAUGUUAUCAGCAUUCUCUGAAUUGACUAAGAUUGGCGGCCCUGAAUUUAGUACUUGGGUAAGCCAGUAUGUACCUGCCUACAAGCUGCAAAUUGACCAUAAUAAACUUAAGAAUAUAAAGUUCGAUGGAUGGAAAAAUACUUCAGAUAAUUGGUGGGAAGUGCUGUUGACACACUCCCAAAUGGUUGGUUUGGCCAACAUUCUGGACAUGUACUAUGAAGAUUUAUAUACUCUUCCAAAUAAAGAGUUAUCAUGUGGUGCCAUUAAUAAAGCUACGGAUUUGUUCAAUAAGGGACGAAUAUCUUUUCUUAAAAUCCUGUCUACCUUUGUCGUAGUGAGUGUGCUCAGUCUAGUUGCUAUCAGCACUACUGGAAAACUUCGGUUGCCACAUAUACGCAAUGGCAGAAUGUACCUUAGAGAUCCUAAAUUAACAAAAGCAUCCGAUACUGAACCUAUUCAUCAACAGUCUGCGGAUUCUGCUAAGUCAGAAGAUCUUGCCACUUCAAUUGUAGCAACAGUCAAAGAGACUUAUGGCUGGCCUGGGGAUAUCAUGAAACAAAGUGAUGGUGCUGCAUGGGUUGGCGAACUUCCAGAAUUUUAUAAAAGUAUGGUUAAAGCUGAUUAUCUAGGUGUAGACAAUACAUCUGUUUCUGCCUCAUCAGAGAGAAUUGAUGAUGAAAUUAAAGCUUUGACACAAGAUAUAGGAAGCUAUCAGAUUCAGAUUAUUUUGUCUGCUGAGGGAAAGAUUACAGGGAUCCAACCAACAAGCAGUACUGCUUUUGAUCAUUGGGCAACAAACCCCUUAGCAAAAGAGCUGUAUGUUGGGAAAAAUGUUUUGCCCGGUUUGCCGAACCCCAGACUCGAAAAUAUUGGUCCGACUGAGAUGGUUGUAUUAGACUUGUUUAUUCCCGUAAAUACUGGUAACUGUUUUGCAUUAGCUAGACCAACCAAGUUAUGAUUGCUUUGGUGUUUAAAUGUGGCGGCCAAUUUUCUCCUAGUUAACAAUUAACAGGUAUUACCUCUUAUUUAAAGAUGCUCAUCCCUGGAGGUCCAGGACCUGAACAAAUCAUUUAUAGCACAGGGUAUAGCAGUCCAGCUAAAGAAAUGUCCUGAAAAAACCUGAGUAGGUGGUAUAGAAUUUCAUGUUUCUUCUGCAGCAGUUGAGACUUAAUAUUUACAGACUGACGGUGAAGUUUUAAAACCUCAUGGUCUAUACUUUAGUUGCGACUUUUUUCCUCAUUUACCUGCCUUUUUCCAAUUGCUUGGAUUAUAUAUUAACAUUUGAAAAUUUUGUACUUGUGUUUAUUGUGUUCUGCAGAUGAGUUUGACGUCUA